GCUGAUGGGAGACGUGCCGUUAGAGAUUACCGAGAAGCAGAGCGAGGAGGUCUUCAGCAUUGUAACUGAUACAACUCGGCGCAAACCUUCAAACAGCGUUUAAAGAAGAGCGUCGCUAAUCCUUCAUUUUGCGUUUGUGUUCGCAAAAAGUCUUUGCGAAGCCGGCGUGUAACGUGCCGCUGCAUUCUUGCUGAUAUUUCCCAAUCCUAAAGGAAUGCCAAGGGAACUAACACAGAACAGGAUCCAAAAAAUCUGGAUUCCCUCUAAGGAUGACAAACCUUCAAUGCCCCGCACAUCACGUGGAGGCCCCCACCUGGCAAACCCCCCAACAGUGAUAGUGAUGGUAGGGCUUCCUGCUCGGGGCAAAACCUACAUAUCAAGGAAACUCACACGCUACCUCAACUGGAUUGGUAUUCCCACAAAAGUCUUUAACGUUGGCGAGUAUCGUCGAGAGGCAGUGAAACACUACAGCGCUUACGAUUUCUUCAAAUCGGACAAUGAGGAUGCCGUUAAAAUCCGACAGCAGUGUGCCUUGGCCGCUCUGAGAGAUGUCAAGAGUUACCUCACUGAAGAGGAAGGUCAAGUGGCUGUUUUUGAUGCAACAAACACAACCAGAGAGCGGCGAGAUAUGAUCCUGGAGUUUGGUGCAGAAAAUGGCUUCGAGAUUUUCUUCAUUGAGUCUGUUUGUGACGACCCAAAUGUAAUCGCCUGUAAUAUCUUGGAAGUUAAGGUGUCAUGUCCUGACUAUCAAGAUUGCAACAAGACGGAUGCCAUGGAUGACUUUAAGAAAAGAAUUGAAUGUUACAGAAUGAGCUAUCAGCCACUUGACCCUGACCAAUAUGACAAAAAUUUGUCCUUCAUCAAAGUGAUUGACGUGGGUCGUAGAUUCCUGGUGAACCGCAUUCAAGACCACAUCCAGAGUCGGAUCGUCUACUACCUGAUGAACAUCCAUGUGCAGCCACGGUCUAUUUAUUUGUGUCGCCAUGGUGAGAGCCAACACAACAUGCAGGGCCGACUGGGCGGAGACUCUGGACUGUCUACACGUGGACGAAAGUUCGCAGGAGCUCUUGCUGAAUUUGUGGAAGAGCAGAACUUGAAAGACUUGAAGGUUUGGACAAGCCAGAUGCGCCGUAGUAUCCAAACCGCCGAGGCCCUCAACGUGCCGUAUGAACAGUGGAAAGCCCUGAAUGAGAUUGAUGCUGGUCUGUGUGAGGAGAUGACUUAUGAAGACGUGAGGGAGAGGUUUCCAGAAGAGUUUGCUCUCAGAGAUCAAGAUAAAUACUACUACCGCUACCCCUCCGGAGAGUCAUAUCAGGAUUUGGUUCAACGGGUGGAACCUGUGAUCAUGGAACUGGAGCGAAAGGAAAAUGUUCUUGUCAUUUGUCAUCAGGCUGUGAUGCGCUGCCUAUUAGCCUACUUCUUGGACAAAAGUGCAGAUGAAAUGCCGUACCUGAAGUGUCCACUUCACACAAUACUGAAGCUGACCCCAGUGGCUUAUGGGUGCAAAGUUGAAUCCAUCUCUCUGAAUGUGGAUGCGGUGAACACACAUAGAGACAGACCAGAGGAGGUGAAGAGAGGCCCGAGCACUUUGAUCAGGAGAAACAGCGUGACCCCUCUCACCAGCCCUGAACCCAAUAAGAAGUCCCGCAUGGAGGGUCUGGAUGAUCCGAUCAUCAGAGAGGUGACGCCCGUCCAACUGACCCUGUGUUCAGUGUCACACACCACCCUCGCUCUGUCCACACAGCACUGGCUUAGUGAAGCUUGUCUAACCUGAAGAAAUGCUCCAUAGAGUGCCAUGAACCCCCUCAGCUCUGCCUGUGAGAUUUUAAGGCUGUAUUGCUUUACUCAGCGCGGAAGAGUUUCCUGCCAAGCUGCUUCCUCUUUUCCUCCCAGAGAGGUGUGUGUGUGUCCAUCUUUCAACAAAUGGACACUAGAGUGCAACCUGGGUUUUUCUAUUUAUCCUUCAUGAAUUCGUAAUUAAUGUACGUAUCGUGUGGUUUGUCCUAGUAAGGAGUUUAGUGAUUUCUGUGUGUGUUUUUGCGUAUGAAGGGAAAUCAGAGCCCAGUGGCGGGGAUUAAACAAUGUUGUCAACCACCCCCACAUUUUUGGACACUAUUCCCUGUUUACGUAAUACAGGAUACCACUUGUAGAUGAUUUUAUUCUGGUCUCGGCCAGUUUUUUUAACACUGACGGUAAGAAUAUGCCCUGAACUUUGAAGGACGAUGCUAAAACAGACCAAAGAUCACCCGCAGACGCUUACGGGCUGAUUCGUGGCUUUUCUGCACUCACUUUCAAACAUAUAUACUACAAAUAAAUUGCACAUUAUAAUUGCACAUUUAGACAAUUUGCAUUUAUUUGUCUGAAAUUCUGAGGGCGAUAAUGAAUCUUACCAUUUGUAAUGCUGCUCACAGUUUUGAAAGCUGUUUAAAAGUUCUCAUGGUGUCCACUGCAGUUUCAGAUGAUUUGUGUUAUGGAUAUGGAUUUGUUUUUUUGUGUGUUUUUAAGACCUGAUGACAAGGUC